GUGACAGAGUCAAUCAAUUCAUUGUCCGUGGUACAAGAAGGCAAAUCACACGUAUACAGCCAUCAAAAAAGGAAAUACAUUUCACAGAAAGAGAAUUUUCACUUGAUUUCUGUACAAAUAAAACGUAAAGUCGAAAUAGCAAUGAAUCCGUAUCAAAGUAAAGGAACUUGCUGUGGAAAGAUGAAGCGCAAAUGCAAGUGCAAACGAUCAGCCACAAAGGUCACUGUGAAGCAAGAAGUUGUGGUCAAAGAAGAACCCACGGAUGGCAUCGAAUUGCUUCAUUAUCCACUACCACCGUCGCCAGUCGAAGCUAAUGCCUCAAUCAAAUCAGAGAGCGAAAGUGACAGCGAUUUUGAUCCUGUGAAGAAGGAAAUUAAGUGCGAAGACGAAUGCUUGACGAAAAAAGACGAAAAAGAUGAAGACGGUUGUUCGAAAGCUGAAGCAGAUAGAGAUGAAUUAGUUGGUAAAGACUCAAGCGAACCAAGACCAAAAUUGAACAACAAGGGAGCAAAUCGGAAACGAAAAGGCGACGUCAAGAAGAACAAAGGCGCAAAAAAAGAACGCAACGGGAAAAUAUCGAAGAAACCAGUGGCAAGUGCACAGAAGAAAUACAAGUGUCAUUUGUGUGAUUAUGCUUCAACGCUAAAAUCAGAUGUCACAAGACAUAUUCGAACCCACACUGGCGAGAAGCCCUUUGAAUGUGAAAUAUGUGCCUUGGCUUUUGCAGACAAAAGCAAUUUGAAAAAGCACAAGAAAAUCCAUGGUCCAAAAUGUACAUUCAAUUGUUCAAAGUGUCGUAGAGGAUUUACAGAAGAAGCUGAAAAAAUCAACCACGAGAAUGGAUGCAAAGCUCACCAGUACGCGUGCUACUUAUGUGGAACUACCACUUGUGAUGUGUCAAAUCUAAAGCGUCACAUGAGAAUCCAUAGUGGCGUUAAGCCAUUCAAAUGCCAUGUUUGUUCCAAAGCAUUUGUAAUCAAACAGAAUCUAAACAAGCAUUUGCGGACUCAUGUAAAACAGCUGCGGUUUGCCUGUGUCAAAUGUGGUGAACGAUUCGCUCAAGAAAAUGAAAAACAAUUGCAUGAUGAUCAAUGCAAAGGCCGACGAUACGAAUGCUAUCUAUGUCCAUAUCAAUGUUUUGCCAAAGGGAAUUUGAAACGACAUAUGCAAGCAAAACACUGGGGUGAAAAGCCAUUCCAGUGUGGUGUUUGUGAAAAGAGAUUUGUUCAAAAAGGCGAACUUAAGCGACAUUCGGCUACGCAUGCCAAACAACGUCCGUUUCGUUGUGCCAAAUGUUAUCGACCAUUUGCACAAGAAUACGACAAGAAUGCACACGAAGGACGCUGUAAUCGUCGCCUGCAUCAGUGCUACUUAUGUAAAGUUUCAAUGGUUCAUUCACAUCAAUUGAAGCUGCACAUGCGAAACCAUCAUACCGGUGAAAAACCAUUUCCAUGCAAACUAUGUGAUGCACGUUUUGCAAUGCAAGCAACUGCUAAACACCACAUGAAAACUGUUCAUCGUCAGAAGGAGUAACCGAAUAUUCAUCGGAAAGCAUUUAAAUCACAUAAAAUUCUUUACAAAACUUUUUACAUCUUUUUACAUACGAUCAAAAUUACAGAAUAAAGAUCAAAUAAAUUCAUACACAA